AAGAUUUCAUGGUUUUCACUAUCGGUUUUUGAAGCUGAGUGCUAUUCUACCUUCGCAAAACGCAAUAUUGUAAUUAGAAAAUUUACGAGUUACAGAGCUAGCUGCCUCUUUCAGAUUCAAGACUAUUAUUGAGCAUUGGCAUCUAAUCAGGCAAAUCGUGUAAUUGUAGCGGACGUACUUUGGAUUCCGGUGUAUUCCUCUUUUUAACAGAUUUAUGUGAUAAGAGACCGACUGUCAUGGUUUCGUGGUAAUGUUUAUUUAGUUUCAUUAUACAUAGUGGUUAAGGAAUGUAUCUUGGUGAAAGCAAUAUUAUUAUGAGUUACUAAUUAUCUUAACUUUCGAAGAAACUGCUUCUGAGAUUUAAAAAAGAUGACAUCUACUAAAGAUGAUUUUAAUCCUUUUGAGGAUCCCAGUGUUAAAAAUUUGACUGAACAGUCAGCUGUUAAUCAAGAUUCUGUAGAAACUUAUAACCCAUUUGAUCAGAGUAGAACAAGAAAGCAGAUUGUUGCUUCAGAAAGGGAUUCUUCAGUGAAUAAUCCUUCAUCAAAUUCUGCAGUUCAUUCACCUGAAAUGCAACAACCUUCCCAAAAUCCGCCACCUUAUACACAGGCUGCAGGUGAAUCUGCAAUGACUAGUGAUUUGCAGCGGAGACAAGAGGAACUUGAAAGGAAAGCAAAUGAGCUGCAGGCUAGAGAAGCUCGACUUGCCAGUUCUCCUGCUGCAGGCAGUGGUAAGAACUGGCCUCCUUUGCCAGCAAAAUGUUGUGUUGGGCCUUGCUUUUAUCAAGAUAUAUCUGUUGAAAUUCCAAAUGCAUAUCAAAGAACUGUGAGACUUAUGUAUUAUAUGUGGAUAUUUUAUUCAUUCCUUCUGUUUCUGAAUAUGCUGGGAGCACUUGCUGUGUUUAUAGCUAAUGGGGAAGGCAAUACAUUUGGUAUUUCAAUAUUAAUUUUCUUUCUGUUCAGUCCAAUGUCUUUUCUGUGCUGGUUUCGACCACUGUAUAAAGCUUUCAGGUCAGACAGCUCAUUCAACUUCAUGGUGUUUUUCUUUGUAUUUUUCUUCCAAUUUAUAGUUGCUGUUAUCUAUGCUGUUGGCAUUCCAAAUAUGGGUGCUUGUGGUUUGUUGAAUGGAAUUACUAUACUAAGCCAAGGUGGUGAACAUACUGUUAGUGUCUAUACAGUUGGAAUUAUUGUCAUUUUCAUUGGAUUCUUAUGGGCUAUUGAUGCUAUGGUCUCAUUUUAUAUGCUUGUAAAGAUACACCGAAUGUACAGAGGAACCACUGCCAGUUUUGCAAAAGCCCAAGAAGAACUUGCAUCUGGUGUAAUGCGUAAUCCACAUGUCCAGAAUGCUGCUGCUACUGCUGCUACUCAAGCAGCUCAACAAACUUUUAAUUCGGCUGCUUCUGGUUUACGUUACUAAUCACGAUAAUGAAAAUAUUUGGUGAUAUAGAAGUUGCUGCUGCUGUGCUAAUUAUACCAUUACAUCUUGUUACAAACAGCUUUGGCUCUCUAAUUUAUGUAUGAUAUGUAGCUUGGCAUGUGAUUUUGUACUCCUUCAUUUGCAUGACAUCAAUUGUUAGUGAAGGUCACUAUUGUUAGCCAUAGCUGCUUGGCCAUUGUAAAAUAAUUGUGUGUUUUGUAUGUAUAUUAAAUAUAAUUUAGAAAUGAAUAUAGUUUUCCUCAUGUAUAUUGUGUUAUUCUGAAAUAAGAUACAUGUACAUAAUGAAUAGUUUGUGUAUGAGAUUUAUUGUUUGGGUCGAAGUAAUUCUAGUGAUUUAAUAUUAUAUUGUAACUUAAUUACUGCAUCUAAAUUAGCAGAAUAUUUUUACAUAUUUUGUUAUGGAACUUUAAGAAGAAAUUUGAAGCUUUGAGCGAAUUAGAUGAAUUAAAAAAAUCAGGAAAUAAUUUUUUAAUUGUAUGUGCAAAAUAUAUUUUAAAUAACAAUCUAAAAACAUUGUGUAUCUCUUAAUUGAAGAUGGUAAUGAUAUUUAUGUUAUUUUAAUGGUUCUGUAACAUAUUCCUAAAACUCUACAUUUCACCUCUUAACUAGAUGCUAGUUUCAAUUAAAAAUAUAUUAAUGAAAGGGUUGAAAAUGAGCUUUAUAAUGAUCUCAGGAAUUUUUCCUGUAUGAUUAUAACAUUUCAACGUAACAUUUCGUGCAAUUACUCAUUUUCAUAAAAUUAUGGCUCUAUUUACAUUUAUGUUUUGUUUCUAUUUGGUCCAAAUUGAUGUAUUUAAAAGAUGUAAAUAUACAUAAAUUGCUGCAGUUAACUAAUAAAGACUUAUUCUUGA